AUGUCUCAGGAAAUACAUGAACCUCAAGAAGACGAUGCCAGAUCAGUUUCUUCAUUAACAUCUACAACGUCAUCAUCGCGUCCAAAGAAGUAUAUGUGCACAUUUGAAAAUUGUGGAAAAGCCUACAAUAGACCAUCAUUGUUGGAACAACACCUGCGAUCACAUAGCAAUGAUAGACCCUUUAAAUGUACUAUAGAGAAUUGUGAUAAAUCAUUUUUAAGAAAAUCCCAUUUAGAAGCUCAUAUUGUUUCUCAUUCAGAUGAUAAGCCAUACCAUUGUUCCAUCUGUGGCAAAGGGGUGAAUACCAAACAACAUUUAAAAAGACAUGAAAUAACUCAUACAAAAUCAUUCAAAUGUACUUAUGAUAAUUGUAAUGAAGCAUUUUAUAAACAUCAAUCAUUAAGACAUCAUAUUUUAACUACUCAUGAAAAAUCUUCCUUAACAUGUUCUGAAUGUAAUAAAACUUUCCCAAGACCUUCAAAAUUGCAACAACAUAACUUGAAACAUCAUGGUGCUUCUCCAGCAUAUCAAUGUGAUAAUCCUGGAUGUUUUAAAAAUUUCAAGAAUUGGUCUGCUUUACAAUUUCAUGUUAAACAAGAACAUCCUAAAAUUAAGUGUACAAUUUGUGGUAAAGGUUGUGUUGGUAAAAAAGGUUUAAAAUCUCAUAUGUUGAGUCAUGAUGAAUCUAAAGUUAUUAAACUUUGGAAUUGUAAUUAUUGUGAAGUUGGGAAAUUUUCUAAAAAACAUGAUUUAAUUCAACAUUAUAAUGAUUUUCAUGAUGGUAAUGUACCUGAAGAUUUAUUAAAAGAAGAUGAUUUAAAGAAAUUGGAAAAAAUCUUGGAAAAUAAAUCAAAUUUAAGUAGUUUGACUCAAUUGGGGAAUCUUCAACUGUUAGAUACUUUGAAUAAAACAGAGGAAGAAGAAAAGGUGGAAGAAAUAAAUGAGGCGGAUGAUGAUGACGAUGAUGAUAGACGAAGUGAUAUUAGAUCUGAUUCAUUGUUGGCUCAAAGAUCUAUUAAAUCAUUGACAAAUUCAUUGAAUGAUGGUAAAGAUCUUAUAAAGCUUAUAUCUGAAGAAGCCACUAGGAAAUUUGCUUGUCCAAAAGGAAAUUGUAAAAGAACAUUUGCUCGUGAAUAUGAUUUACAACGUCAUUUGAAAUGGCAUGAUCAAAAUUUAAUAAAAAUUGAACUGUUUUUAAACACAUUAGAGAAAGAGCAAACACCGGAAGGUGAGCCACCAUUGAAAAGAGUUAAAAUAGAAGAAGCAGUAAAUAUUAGUUAA